AUGACCGCCGAUGCUGAGGAGCUCUUGAUCCGGCCAUUCCGGGAUGUCGUUGCAGUCGGGACUGCCGCAGUGACCAAUGCCGCUUCUCUCGGUCCACACCGUGCUGACGAUGCCGAUCGCAUGUCAAGGGCCGCACAGGCCCUUGUUCGAGAGGGGGAACGAGCACUUAAGAAGCUGCAGCCAGUCUGGGACGACCAGGUACAAAAGCUGGGGGAUAUCUUCAAGAGAAUGAUUACACAACAAGCUUCUAUCGAGAAACGACGUUUGAUCCUGGAGGAGCUCCUCUGGGACUUUGACGAUGUCACCCAUCCGGAUGAGUUUGAUAUUGAGCGGUACUCAGCUCUUCAAACUGCUACCAAAGCCCUCGCCCUAGACAUUGUCGAAACUGCAAAAAGGCUGAAGCCCAUCAUGGAAACUGCACCAGAGAUACCAGAAGGGGGAUUCCCACCAUUACCACCGCUUCCUACCCACCGCUCCCGACCCUGCUCUACUUCUUCUUCUCGACCAAGGGCUCAUUCAAAACAGGAGGCAAACAGUAGCUGUGGUGGACGACACGGCGCCGAGCUAACACCACCGGACUCUCCCAACUGUGCCACCCCAAUAGCCCAGUUUCAGGAAUUCAACAUCGAUUCCUCUGUCAAACGCGCCAGUCUCACAUCUGACUCCUUUCCUAGUCCUAGCACUGUUCGAACAGCACCUUCUCUUCUUUCCAAGAGCAGCAGUCUGACAUCUUCAUCCGCCCUCUUAGCCACGCCCGAGUCCGCGUUCAACCAGCCCGAAGCAACACCGAACAAAGUGAACUUCCACGAAGCUGUCAUGACGCUCCUUCCACCACCAGCGUUGGGCACCGGUGAUGAGGACGACCUCGAAACCAGUUCUACGACCAGCAAGAGAAGACAAGGGAGCGUCCUGACUGAACACCGAAAGUCCAGCCGGGCUAACCCUCGUUCUGAAGAUUGCAAUAUCGGCUCUGACAGCACAUAUCACAAGCUAAAGGGACUUUGCAAAGGAGCAGUCAGAUUUCGGAAGGACGGCCAUUGGGGCAGCAUCAAGAUGACAACGGAAUAUGGCGGUGGCGGCGGUGGAGCGGGUGAUAUGAUGAGAGCGUCUGAUGCUAUCGUGCCACUACAAUACGAGGUGACCAAGGUGGCGGGAUGUGCUGAGUGCGGGUAUGCACACGAUCUGGAGGCGGUUGAGUUGGACAAGAGCCGGAAGCCUGAGGGAAUCAUCAUCUCUGAAUUCGGACCUCGAUAUCGAUUACGACUCCUCUUCAAAUCGCACCUCGGCAAGGGCGCCUCAGGUGGAAGCGCAGACGAUUACUAUGCUUGUCUCUGGUGUGUCAGCGCAGCUGUCACAGUCCGGGAAAGCGAUGCAACAGUCUUUCGGUCAGCGGAUGACCUCCUGCAGCAUCUCUCCCGACACCCACAACCAUUACCACAGAUACCUGGCGUGGCAGUUUGCUAUGGACCAAAUCCAGAACAAGCGGAGUUCGACCUUCACUUGCCCGACGGCUCCGUCCCAGUGCCCAUACCGGACAACGUCACCAGGUUAGCAACAGCGAUCGCAACCAAAGACCACUUCCGACGUCAUGGGCGGGGGAAGUUGGAGAAGCCUCCGAGGUACGAUGGAGAAAUGCUCGAGUUUAUGGAAGGGGCGAGGAUCAUGGGGGUGAUGUUUCCUGAGAAGUGGGAGGGGAAGUGGUGUCUAGGGAGACACGAUGGGAUGUUUGGGGCUUUCCCGUCCAAGGUUAUUGAGCUUCGAGCGCCACAAGAAAGUGAGGUUCCAGUGGGCGGGGAGAGCGGCAUGAAUGUCUCUACACGGUGGAAAUGGACACCUCCCAAGUCCGGGGGUGUGCCUUGGGUAGCGUUUGGGAAGGGGGAGGUGAUCACGAAUGUUCAAUGUCUCUAUGCGGAUUACUGGUGCUGGUAUGGGACAAAUAGUAAGGGGAAGACAGGGGUGUUUCCGCAGUCUCAUGUCGACUUGCAGACUCUGAAAGCGCAAGAGUCAGCUGCGCCAAGACGUCCAAGCAGAGGGUUGAGUUUGUUUGGGAGGUAG